AUGGCUCUUCUCAGUACCUUCAGAGUAGUGCUGUUGGUGUUGACGUCGCUGAGCCAGGCCCUUCCUGCCCUGCACGCGCGCGACAUCUCCCCCCAUCAACUCUCCGAGUUCGCAUUCUUUGCGCAAUAUGCAGAUGCCGCCUACUGCAGCAACAACUAUGACCCCAAGUCCUCAGGGGCGAGGAUCCGCUGCUGGGACCGCGGCUGCCCGGCCAUUGAGGCCACCAACACGAGCAUUGCGCUUGCGUUCUCCAAUGCCACGAUGACGGACACGGCCGGCUUCAUCGCCGUAGACCACACCCACCGCCGGCGCAUCAUCUCGUUCCGCGGCUCCUACUCGGUGCGCAACUGGCUGGCGGACGUGAUGUUCGUCUUCACGGACCCCCACCUGUGCGAUGGCUGUCGGGCGGAGCUAGGCUUCUGGACCUCGUGGACGCUGAUACGCAACGAUGUGAUCCAGCAACUGGAGCAGCGACAAACUGCGUACAGCAGCUACGAGCUCGUGCUGGUCGGCUACAGUCUUGGCGCGGCAGUGGCGACUCUGGCGGCGGCGGAUCUUCGGUCGCGCGGGUACAAGGCGGCGCUGUACGCCUACGCGUCGCCGCGGGUGGGGAACGAGGCGCUAGCGCAGUUCAUCACCAAUCAGGGCGGCAACUACCGCUUCACACAUACGAACGAUCCAAUCCCGAAGCUGCCGCUGCUGAUCAUGGACUACGUGCAUAUCAGCCCCGAGUAUCAUAUCCUCUCCGGCGAUAAUGUCACCGUGCGCCCCCAGGAUGUGGCGGUCUACGAGGGGUCCGUCAAUUAUGCUGGCAACACGGGCACGGGCUCGCCCUCGCCCUCGCCCUCGCUCAGGGGGUUAUCGGCUCAUCGCUGGUAUUUUCAAUUGGUGGAUGGCUGUAAAGAACGGGGGUUGCCUUGGCGGAGGGGGGAGUAG